AUGCAGCCGCUUGCGCCAAGCCCCGUCACUGCCGCGCCCGUCGUCGCCCGUGACCGUGGCCGGAAGAGCCCUGCCUGCCCUGCUUGCCCUGCCCUGCCUGCCUCCUGCCUGCGCCGGCCCCAGGUCCAGCGAGGCCCGUCCCCCCCCUCCUGCCCUCCUCCUGCCUUUGCCUUGCCCGCCUCCUGCCUCGCCCGUCUCUCCCCGUCGCUUGGUCAUCCAAUCCACUCCUUCCCAGCCCUGCCCAGGCGCAAUCCAUACAAACCUUGCCUCCGCCGCUCCUGCCUUCCCUCCUCGACCGUGUCAGUCGUCCCUUCCUCGGUUCCCUGCGCACCUUUUGCUUCGCUCUCCCCCCUCUCCGCCGCGGCCUUCGAUUCGAGCCUCUCGUGCCUUGGAGCCUCCGAGCCUUGGAGCCUUCUCGAGCCUCCAUCCCCUCGGCUCCCUCCUCCGCCGUCGCCGUCCGCCUCCCUUCCUCCCUGCCCCCGUCGGCCCUCCGCCGUCGGCCGCCUCCUCCUCCGAGCCUCGACCUCGCCCAGGGGCCACCCGUCCGUCGCCGGAGCCACGCGUGCCUCUCGGCCUCGACCUCGCCCUCGCCCUCGCCCCCAGGGACCUCGGUCGAACGACGGGCCUCGCACCGAUCCGCCGCCGCCGCCCCAUCGUGCCGCGACCCGACGACCUCGGUGUCGGACGCUUCGUGUGCCUCGUCGAGGAAGACGCCCCCCAGAGUCCAGCGCUGGAUCCGUCGACACCUUGGAUUUGGAUUAUGCGGUAGAAUUUGGGUAUCCUUUCGACAUCAUUCGCCCUCUCCGACCGACCGACCGACCGACCGAGACCCACGGCCGUCUGUCCGUCCCGCCCGACGCCGCGGUAGCAAAGUCCGUCUCUCGACCCCGACGACGACGACGACAACGACGACUGCGACGACGACAACAGACGCCCCGUCCCGCGCCCUCCCCGUCGGCACGCUCGUCGCCUCCUCUGCGUUGCUGCGUCACCGGCGGCAGCGCAGCCCCUCCCCGCCGCCCUCCGUCUCGCCCCGCGCGACCUCGUUCCCUCCCGAGCACCGUCGCCGCCGCCGUCGCCAUGAAGGACCUGCCCGCCUCGCUCUCGGGCAAGCCGGUGCUGCCGUCGCUGUGGACCGAGAACCUCACCCUCGCCGUCCUCAGCCGCCUCCCCACCCGCUACCACGUCGGCCGCCGGCGCGUGCGCUCCAAGUCCAAGACGACGCACCCCGGCGUCCCCGACAUCGCGUCGCUGCAGACGUCCUUUAGCGUCUGGGACGGCCUCCGCGACCUCCAGAGGCACGACUGGCAGCCCGUCGACCUGCAGUACCUCUUCCUCGCCGCCCUCACCCUCUUCUCCCUCUGGAUCGCCCCGCCCGCGCCCGCGCUCAAGAUGUUUUCCCUCAUGGCGAGCGUCUGGAUCCUGCUGAUGCCCGCGACGCGCCAAUUCUUCCUUCCCGCCAUCACCAUCUGGGUUUGGCUCGUCUAUUUCUUCUGCAGCCGCUUCAUCUCGUACGAGUACCGCCCUCACAUCUGGGUUCGCGUCCUGCCGGCGCUGGAAAACGUCCUCUACGGCGCCAACCUCUCCAACAUCCUCUCGGCCCACAAGCACGUCUUCUUCGACAUCCUCGCCUGGCUCCCCUACGGCAUCAUCCACUUCGGCGCCCCCGCCGUCUGCUCGCUGCUCAUGUUCAUCUUCGCCGCCCCCGGCACGACGCCCGUCUUCGCUCGCGUCUUCGGCUGGAUGAGCAUCCUCGGCGUCACCAUCCAGCUCGUCUUCCCCUGCACGCCGCCGUGGUACGAGAACGAGCACGGCCUCGUGCCCGCCGCCUACGGCAUGCCCGGAUCCCCCGCCGGCCUGCGCCGCGUCGACGAGUUCUUCGGCAUCGACCUGUACACGUCCAACUUCACCGCCGCCCCGCUCCCCUUCGGCGCCUUCCCCUCCCUCCACGGCGGCUACGCCGUCCUCGAGGCGCUCUUCAUGACCUACUGCUUCCCGCAGUUCCGCGCCUUCUUCAUCGGCUACGCCGUCUGGAUCUGGUGGGCCACCAUGUACCUCAGCCACCACUACGCCAUCGACCUCGUCGGCGGCGGCCUCAUCGCCAUGGCCUUCUUCUACUCGGCCCGCUCCCGGUGGCUGCCCGUCCGCCAGGCCGACAAGAUGACGAGGUGGGACUACGACUACGUCGAGGUCGGCGACCGCCACCGCGUCGCCGACGAGGAGCACGGCGCCGAGUACUUCGGCCUCGGCCUGCUCGACCACCGCCGCGGCGGCUCGAGCGACGGCUGGACCCUCGGCAGCAGCUCCAGCUGCAGCUCCAGCAGCGGCACCGUCAGCCCGACCGUCUCCGAGGGCCCGCCCGGCGUCCUCGUCGUCGACAUGGAGAACGACGGUCGCCUGUGGGACGGCAACGUGGCGCCCCGCGACGUCGACCUGAGCGAGGUCGUCGUCAUGCGGUAG